GAACUUGCUCAGGCGGUGGGUUUGGCAGGUGGGUUUGGCAGAUCAAGUACGAGGAGAAGAAGGAGCCAUGGCCUCUGCUUCUUACAAAGAAGAUUUGACUUGCUCUAUUUGUCUGACGAUCUUCUCGGAUCCUGUAAUCCUGCCGUGUGGCCACUCUUUCUGCAGAGAAUGUAUUUCCCUUUCUCUGAAAUCACAGCGCCAGUGUCCACAGUGUCGGGCAGACGUUCCAGAAGACGAGCAAUGUCUUCUCACCAAUCACACUUUGAAAAGUCUUGCUGAAAAAGAAGUGGAGAAACUGAGGAGAGGGCAUGGAGAUGACAAGGAAAUUGACGACUGGUUGUGCCCUGAACACGAAGAAAGGCUGAAGCUGUUCUGCGUCACAGAUCAGCAGUUAGCUUGUAUUAUAUGUCGAGAUGGGGAGAAGCACGAAGGGCACAAGUUUAAACCAAUCAAAGAAGCAGCUGCACUUGUGAGGAACAAGUUGGAGGCGUUUGUGCAAUGCAUUGCUGAUGAUAUCGAUGCUACAGAGAGGCUGGUCAACACAAAGAUGGAAGAGAUAACAAAAACCAAAGACAAGGUUCAGCAGCUGACGACUCAGAUCUGCAGACAGUUUGAGGAGAUGCACCAGUUUCUGAGAAAGAGAGAAGACGAGAUCACGAAUGACCUGAAACACAAAGAGGACGAUGCUGUCGAGAAAAUGAGCGAGACAUUAAAUGCCAUGGAAACUGCUCUGUCAGAGAGCAGAGAGCUGCAGGCAAAGGUGGCGACUGUUCUAGAAACCACAGACUCUGACAAGUUCUUAAAGAGCUGGACUGAGAAUAACAGCAUGGUGACUUCUGAACAUUCAUUCAAGCCCAAAGCCAAUGAGUUUAAAGUGGAGAACACGUCUCUCUCUCUGGGGCCUUAUGACAGUCACCUGCAGUUCUUUAUGUGGAAGGAGAUGCUUCAGGUCAUCAAGCCCCAAGCAGAGCUGCUGUCACUCAAAAGUGUUAGCAGUAACAUAACAGUGUCUGAAGAUGGGAGGAAUAUGAUGUAUAGGCCCGUAUUCAUCACAAAUUGCAAACAAAGGAGUUAUGGUCGUAAUACCAGUUACAUUCAAUAUGACCAUAGUUGCGUGGAGCACACCUCAGUCCAGUGUGUUUCUGCGUUCAGCUCCAAUGAGUUCACCUCAGGGCAGCACUACUGGGAAAUGGAGGUUGGAGAAAGGGACUAUUGGAAAGUAGGGGUAGAAAAUCAUUAUCUUAGCUAUGAUCAGCAAGAAUAUGUCACUUCUAUUCAAGACACAGUGUUAGCAUUGGCAGGAAGACCACAAAAGAUUGGUGUUUACCUAGACUGCCUAUCGCAGGAGCUGUCCUUCUAUGACGCAGAAAACAUGACUCAUAUUCACACUAUGAGACACUGUAUGUCAGUGCCAGUGAAAGCAUAUUUUGAAUACAGAUUUAGUGAGGCAGCAAAUCAUAACCCCCCAAGAGUGUGCUGGUACUGAAUUCUGGGAAAAUGGGGCAACUGGAAAUUACAGACAUGACUUCCAAGAUGGUGCCUUGGUUCUAAUUCCUCGUCCUUUCACUGUUUGUGUUUAUUUCUUCCAUAAUCGUCCUGGGUUCUGUACUACGAAGGAGGAGUUAUGGUUAUCAAGGUAACUUCAGGUUUAAUGCCAGGUUUUUUAGUCCUACGAAGAUGGUUCAGAUCUCACCAUGGUAAUGCUGAACCACUUACCUACUCUGGAACAGAUUAAGUUUCGACCAAUCAGAUCACUGGAAAAUUUGAGUCUUCAUUCUAAAGUUUAGAGUAACGUGAGAAAUAACAAAAAGCAGAAGGUAUUUAUAGAUGAUUAGACAGUCCACAUGAAAAAUCUAAUGAAUGGAGGGAGAGUUUAUCACGCCAAAUAACUACAUAGGCUGAUUAAUAUCAUAGUUUAAUAUCAAUUCAACAAAGAUAUCUUGAGGACUUUUAUCAGUAAAACCCUCACUCAGUAACUAACUUCAUGUCCUUCUUUACAGUAUAUCAUUCGGCUGACUUUGAAUGUGUUAAGUUUUUAUUUUCUUUUCUAGUUAUUUGAUCAUAUAUUUAUAUUUCACUUUGUAGAAUGCCACAUGUCAAUUAACCAAUAUUAACUGCUCGUAUCAGGGUUUCUUCUCAUAUAUUAUUUAGGACUUUGUUCAUGUUUCUGACGAUGUUGCUUGUAAUAAACGUCACUGUGCUCGCCUCCAUCAGGAUCACAAACCUUUUAAGAGAGGAAGCUGCAAACAAGCACAUGAGAUAUGAGAGUUGUUCAGUCUUCUCCCUCUUAUUUUCUUACCACAUGGAAUUUUGCUUAUUUUUAUUGGAUUUUUGUCCAGCACAUACAUGUUUUAUGAUACCAUACUCCUAGUUAUUGUAGGUUGUUUAGAAUGUCUUGGGCAGAAUAUACCAUUAGCAUAUGGCUGUGUACAAUAACAGAGUCUUUGUUGAUCCAGAUCUUAUGUGUGACUCAAAAUAAUAGGAAUGAUGAACUAUAACCUAUACCGUACUUUGUAAUCUACACAGGAUUUUAAUGAAAAAACUACAACUUGUACAAUGCUGAACGUGACCCCCUGGAGUCAAACCUGUGGUCAUUGUGUAUUGUUCCUUCACUGGGAAGUUUGUGCUUCACUGUGCAGAAAGUUGCACAAACACUGUUUGAGUUUCACACUUGGCAUGUGCUCACCGUAAUACUGACUUGAAGUUGUGGAUGAUCCGUCUGGAUUUUGUGCAACUGUUAUGAUGCAUUCAAAAAAUAAAUAGAUUAAGUCUGUUGGGGAAAAUGUCAACUUUUAUUCGUGUCUGUGGCAUAUACUGUAACUGUGUUAUGUAGACACAACGUGGACUUUAGAAGGACACGAGCCAUGCUGUGGAUGAGACGACAGGAUUGACUAACACUGCUGUAUAUUCACUGUAUGUCUGUAGCUCUUGAGUAUGCAUAGAGAAACAUGUUUGCUUUGCAUUGAAUUACUAGAAAUGAUUUGUUAAGGAAAAUAAAGCCCUCUGAAAUAUC